ACACACACACACACUGUGAUCCUCCUCCAAGCCAUGUCUGGUUUAAAAGUCCACUGAACUGCACUGUGUGUACAGCAGUGUUUCAGUAGAGAGGUGUGUGUGUAUGUGUGUGUGCAAGUGUGCGUGUGAGUGUGUUAGCUCUGAUCCCUGUGACUGUGUAGCAUGUGUGUGUGUAAAGCUCUGUUGCUCCUCUGGAUGUUCUCACUUCUCUGCAGGAACGGCUUGGGUUAUAAUUAUGAGGAUUAUUACGAGUUCUCCGAUAAUGACAUCAGAGACGGAGAUCAACAGCAGACAACAGCUUCUCCUUGUCCCUGUGAAGGUCGAAAUAAAUUGCGCUGGGAGAAGAUUUUUAUCAUGUUGGAAGACUCACACAUGAUGCAGAAAAUGCUCCUUCAGGCCAAUGAGGAGCUGAAGAUGGAGAUCUCCUCACUGAGAAACCACAUCCAGAAGAUCACCUGUGACAUUUCCGCUUCCUAUCUCAGAGAUUUGGAGGAGACCUGCAGGUCCAUAAACUUACAGCAGAACAUUGGAGUGGACCAGAACAAGACUAGGCUAAUGAAGCCAGAUGUCCAACAGGAUUCUAGUGUACAGCAGCUGGAGGAGACAGAUGAGGUGAAGAAAAAACAGAAGAUGGAGGAACUGAAGAGUGUUGAGAUGAUGGACAAAACUGAGAAGAAAAUGGAGAAAGACAAAUGGUGGAGUUGGACAAAUUGGGGAUUCUGGAGAUGAUGAAGUCAGAAUGAAAGUUCUGACUGAUGGAGUUUAGAUUUGUGUGUUUUACUCUUUGCUUAUUUGCAUGUUGCUGUCGUGUUUACUGGGUUUUUCUCAGGAGCUUCACCACGCUGUUCUUCAGAAGAAGAUUGAUGGAGAUUUGAAUGCUGGAGGUUGCUGAGAUGUGAUGAUGAUUUCAGGCUCUCGCAUUUCCAACAAUAAUAUUUUCUUAGUGGGUUUUUUUUUCCUGCUUUUGGGUUGAGAACCUCCUGAAGUCUGAAGCUCCUGAGGUGAAAAAUAAAAACCAAAAUUAAUUCAACCAAAUCUCAUAACCUGGAGUUUGAGCAGGUCUGAGACUGAACUCAUGGGUUUGUUGUGUCACUUGUUCCAGGACUCAUUAGAAGGAGAUUGUGUGAGGUAAUAAAUAUCAGUUUCCAGUGUUGUUGAGUAGAAAGAGAACCUCCACCCAGCUCCACCUUCACCAUUAAACACAAUUACACUGAAACCCAAACAAAGCAAUGAACUGAAGCGCUUUUUAAACCACACCAAUAAACUUUUAUUACACAAUAAACAAAAAUAGCUGCCUGGAAAACACUAUUCAUAGUUUUAUUUAACUCCUACAUCAUUAUUUUAUAUUCAACUCCUGUUCAUCUCCACCCACACCACGCUGCUGAUCAGAUCCUCUUCACCCUGUACAGUAUUUACCACCAUCUGCUUGUGAUCGGAUUUUUAAUAUCCGGUCUGAUCUCUCACAAUUAUAAAGUGUUUUGUUGCUGUUAUGCAGUGUUUAU